GUUUACUUGAGCAAAUUACCAAAGCAACAGCACCACCAUCAACAACUUUGUUGUCAAGUCCAAAGUCCAACCUCUGACUCACCAACACAGCCACAAGUCGGCUCCUUAUCCCCUCCCACCCACCACCAAUUCAAAUCAAAGCCAAAGUUUCAAUCUUUUUCCAGUAUUACAAUGCAAUGAAGGAUUCAUAAGUUUUUACUAUUCAAUGGAGAACAGUACAGCAAUUUCAGAAAAUGCACUGCUUACCACAAUCUGCAACUCAAUUCAAACAUUAGGCCGUGGGUUUGAUGUUACAUCGGAUAUUAGGCUGCUGUACUGUAAAGGGGCUCCUGGUUCUCGCUUAGUGCAAAUCGAUGAAGAUCACACCCAGAAUCUAGAAAUCGCCGAAAAUCAGGUUAUCCCAAAUGUCUCUAUUGACAUCGACUGCUCCAAGGGCCGCAGUUCCACAGAGACAACCCCGGUUUUGCCCUUCCAUGAGAUGGCAAAAUACUUCAGUGAAAAGUCUAAUGUACCUGGACACGUGCCACUAGGAAGCUUUAAUGCUAUGUUUAAUCUCACUGGCUCUUGGCAACUUGAUGCAGCAGCUACAAAGUCCCUUGCAAUGGUUGGUCGUAUCAUGCCAUUAAUUAAGGUCAAACUAUCAAAAUCUAAUUUAGUUUUGAAUGAUGACAUCAAGAACACAGUUCCCUAUUCUUGGGACCCCGCAUCAUUGGCAAGCUUUAUUGAGAAUUAUGGCACCCAUAUUGUCACCUCUGCAACAAUUGGUGGAAGGGACGUGGUCUAUAUUAGACAGCAUCAGUCAUCACCUUUGUCAUUGUCAGAUAUUGAAAACUAUGUGAAAGACAUUGGAGACCAGAGGUUUUCCGAUUUAAAAAGCCAUACAAAUGCAGGCCCCUUAAAAUACAAGGACAAGGAUGUUACUGUGAUCUUCAGAAGACGAGGGGGGGAUGACCUUGAGCAGAGUUAUGCCAAGUGGGCUCAGACUGUUGAAGCAGCCCCAGAUGUGAUCAACAUGACAUUUAUUCCCAUUGCCUCUUUGCUCGAAGGAGUUCCUGGAAUAAAGCACCUAAGUCGUGCUAUAGAAUUAUACUUGGAGUACAAGCCGCCUAUUGAGGAUCUACAGUAUUUCUUGGACUUCCAAAUUUCUCGGGUUUGGGCUCCAGAGCAGAACAAUCUACAAAGAAAGGAGCCUGUGUGUCCAUUUCUUCAGUUCAGUCUGAUGGGUCCAAAGCUUUAUAUAAGGCCCGAUCAGGUGACAGUUGGGCGUAAACCAGUCACAGGCCUCAGACUCAGCCUAGAAGGCAGUAAGCAUAAUCGUCUUGCUAUCCAUUUGCAACAUCUAGUGUCUCUUCCUAAAAUCCUUCAACCCCAUUGGGAUGCACACGUGGCUAUAGGUGCGCCCAAGUGGCAGGGUCCCGAAGAGCAGGAUAGCCGAUGGUUUGAACCAAUCAAGUGGAAAAAUUUCUCACAUGUUAGCACUGCACCUAUAGAGUAUACCGAUAUGUGCAUCGGAGAUCUAUCUGGCGUUCACAUUGUCACUGGUGCUCAGCUCGGUGUCUGGGAUUUUGGUGCCAAAAGUGUAUUACACCUUAAACUUCUCUUUUCCAAAGUACCCGGGUGCACAAUAAGGCGUUCUGUGUGGGACCACAGCCCUGCCAACCUGUCUGCUCCACAAAGACCUGAUGGUUCAUCAACUUCACUGUCAAACGAGAAAAUCCCUGAUGAUAGAAAAUUGGACGGUUCAAAUCAAGUCGGGAAACUGACAAAAAUCGUGGAUCCAACAGAAAUGUCAAAAGGACCACAGGACAUGCCAGGCCACUGGAUCGUGACAGGAGCCAAGCUUGGGGUGGACAAGGGAAAAAUUAUGUUACGGAUGAAGUACUCCCUAUUGAACUACUGAAUCAUGGUGAUAGGCGAUUAAUUUGUACCUGCAUUUGCAGGAUAGCUAACUCUUAAGCAUUUUUUUUUGCACAGGCGGCAUAUUUGUCUAUUCUGUUAAUAUAGUUAAUUCGUUUUGCUUGAAUCUUUUGUUGUUGAAUAGAAUGUAAGUUUUGCUCAUUUCUAUUUCUUGUUCUUUUUCGUAUGAUAUCUUCAUUAAAGUUGCA